AUGAUUGUAGUAUAUUCAAUAACAAUAUGUAAUAUGUGUAAAUCAUUAGUUCAAAAUAUUAAGACAAACUUAAAUGAUGGUGAUUCAGAAAUUUUAAAGAAAGCUGAUAAAGAGUGUGAUACUGUUACAAAUAAUAAUAUAAUAUUAGAUCCAAUGUGUAAAACAUUAGUAAAUAGAGAAGUAAAUUAUAUUAUAUCUGAAUUAAGAAAUAAUAAAACACCAGAUCAAAUUUGUCAAGAUCUUCAGUUUUGUCCAUCUAUUAAAUUACUUAAUUAA